GCGCCGCAAAGACGAGCGCUCGCGGUCCCCGCUGCGACAGUGUGUGCUCAGCCCCGAGGAGCAGGAGGCCUUUCUUGUACAGUUCGCGCAGCACUACUGGCUUCCACCAGAUAGUGGUUUGGCGCCAUGGCAGGGCACCCGUGCCGAGCGCGUGCAGCGCUACCGGGCCCAGCUCCUCUCCGAGGUCGAGGAGCUCGUGGCAGAAGCUGCCGAUGCCGACCCGGCCGACUUCGGACCGCUCCUGGACUGCGCCGCGCUUCGCCGCAGCAAGGAGUCGGUGUUGCGCUGGCAGCGAUUCGUCUUCCUUGACGACAUUGCUCGCAUGA